AUGGAGCUGGAUCUUGUUGUGCGACAAUGGUCUCAUGGCCUCAAUUCGCGAAUCGUCGACCUUGUAGGCGACUUCGCUGGUGAUGAGCUGUUCAUCGUUGAAGGAGACUCGCUCCUCCUAGAAUGCUUCUCCAACCAGAAACUCAAUUUUAACCCAGGAUUUCAGGUAUUGCAUGCUACAUACCUGGUCGAGCAGAUAUUAGCAAAGCUUCAGCAACGCAAAUGUGUCUUUGAAAUCGUGUUUUUCGCUGAAAACGCCAAAUCUUGUAUUCCACCGGGCGUCAAGAGCGAGUUCCACGAGAGGUAUCUUCUUGUACGAGAAGCAAUCAUCCAACAUCUCAUUACUACCCAGUCUCAAUCUUCCCAGUUUUUCCAAACUCUCAGAUUUGAGCGUCUGCGGUCGGAGGACUUUGGCGUCCACCUCAUUAGUUCUGGAGCAUAUCUUUUCAUGUGUCACGACGGGGCCUUUGCUGGACGCACUGAGAGUGAAAGCGAUAGUGACUCAGACAGCAGUGACGGCGAUAGUAGCGAUACUGAAGAAAGCGAACUCGACGACGACGAACACGAUGCUUCCUGUGCACCUAUAUAUCGCGAGAACUCGCAAUUCAAUUUCCGCGCUAUGAUAUUUUGGUUCUUCAGCCGUGGAUACAAUAUUGCUCUUAUUAACAGCCUGGAGUUCCGGGACACCAAGAUCAUGGCAAUGGUGAUUGAGGGCUCCGCCAAGAGGAUCAAGCAGGACAGUUAUCUACCAGAUCGUGCCGAAGCGGAUAAUGCUAAGUUUCUGGACCUCGAAAGCAUGGAUCAGUUGGAUCAGAACACCGGCCUCGAACAUUUGAAUGCUGCCCUUUCCGAGUUAAACUUGAAACAGGAGGCCAAUCAACAAGAAGUCCUGACAGACUACACAGAAGAGUUGCCACUCAGCUAUGAUCAAUUGCGCGACCUCCUCGAAAGGACAAUAUCGGAUCAGCCGACAAUAACCCAACGCCAAUGUCUUGUGAUUCUCACGCUGAGCGCCAUGUUUUCAGGAAGUGUCCAAAAAAGCCUCGCCAGCACGCUCGACGCGCAGUCUAUGCUUCUUCACCUCGUACUUCUACAAAACACCCAACUUGCUGAACGGGGAAUCAAACUUCCAGCGCUUGCAAGCUCUGAAACCUUGCAAUUUUUCGAUGGGUUUUUGAAAUUAGCGAGAAUAUUUCUCAGUUCAUCCUGCUGGGAAAAGUCCAUGCGAGAGCAUCACCUACCCUGCGACCUUUCCGACUUAUUGGAUGGAACCUUGUUCCUUACAGUUCGAUGGAUGAUGGAGAGACGUGGUGUCGAGACUAUGCUGUCACCGGCCACUGUUUUACCCUUCAAUACUCUUGCAUCUUUGGUAGACCGUUUUUGUGGGACGGAACUUCAGUGCGAUCCAAUCCAAAAAGCAAAGGCUGAUCCUGGAGACAGCUAUGGUGGUGAAUCAACAAAGGAAAUCCAGAGUAACGCCCCCAAAGAUCCAGCCCAAUCUGUCGGACAAGUGCUGCCAUUUUACAAUGCAGUUUUCGAUAGUCACCUCAAACCUAUCCAUGUUACUGUCGAUGAGAGUCUCGAACCAAAGAAAGAUGCAAAGUAUCCCAAAGAGUUCAAGGAAGAAACUCACUGGCACAGUGCAAAACCACUUGAAUCUAAAGGAAAAGUCAUCCUUACGCCGCAAGAGCUGCUGCGACAUCGCAGAAGGAACCAAUUCUUCAUGUCAGAAAUGGAGACUUACGCAGCAAGUCUGACAGGAUCCGCAGGGGCCUCUCAUCCAGAGACGAUUAUUGUUGGGUCUUCGCGUGAUUCAACCAAGAAGUCCCACCCAAAGUCAACACCAACCAGCCAUCCGGAUUCAACAAAACCUUCAAACCCCAAGAAGAAAGCCCAAUCCAAGUCUGGAAAGCCGAAUGUCAGAGAGAUUGCGGCUGCAUCUAUCCAACAGAAGGCAACAGAGACAACCCAGAAGCAGAGACAGAAAUGGAAGCUUAUGUAUCAAGAGGAAUUUUCGCGAAUCGCGGACCUCGAGACUCGAUUCAUCAAACUCGGUGGGUAUCUCUCCAGUCUUUCAAAAGACAGUCGAAAUAUUCUGGAGGCUGAAAUUUUGAUUUGCAUGAUCGAUACCUUGGUUCGACUUGUGUUCGUUGAACGCGAUGGAAUGCAAACUGACAGGCUCACUUUCCUCUCAAUGCGCGUUUGGGAAAUCAUUACUCGGCUCAUGAAGUUGAAGGAAGGCAUCUCUGUUGAUAUUGUGACUUUCGUCGAUGCAGUUUGUCAACUGUUCGGGUUGCCACGUGCUAAGCUUGACGUUCAGUGCAAGGAGCCUUUAGCUUGCCAGCUGGUCAAAAUACCUGCAGGUCGGAACAUGAGCAUCGGGAUAUCACCAGUUGAGUUUCAGCUCUCCCAUGGUGGGCCUUGCAUGGAGCGUAGCAUUGACUCGUUACCUGAUCCCCGGACACCUGAUUUUGACCCCGAUCGCUGGCAACGCGACGUGUUGGAUCAGAUAGAUGCCAAAAACAGUGUGUUCAUUGUUGCUCCCACCAGUGCAGGAAAAACGUUUAUCUCAUUCUAUGCUAUGAAACAGAUACUGAAAGAGGACGACGACGGAAUUCUUGUCUACGUCGCCCCAACCAAAGCUCUUGUCAAUCAAAUUGCAGCCGAGGUACUAGCUCGAUUUUCGAAAUCUUAUCCUACGAAAUUGAGCGGGAGGUCCGUUUGGGCCAUCCACACAAGAGACACACGCAUCAAUGAACCUAAGGGCUGCCAGAUUUUGAUCACAGUCCCCCACAUCCUUCAAACAAUGCUGCUGAACCCGUCCAACGCCAAAGCCUGGACCCCUCGAAUCAAACGCAUUAUCUAUGAUGAAAUCCAUUGUAUCGGCCAGGCUGAAGACGGUGUUGUGUGGGAACAACUGCUUCUUCUUUCGCCCUGUCCAAUCGUCGCUCUAUCGGCCACUGUUGGAAACCCCCAGAAGUUUUACGAUUGGUUGCAUCUCGCACAGAAGGCCAAUGGGCUUGACCUCAAGAUGAUUCAACAUAAACAUCGAUACUCAGAUUUGCGGAAGUAUGUGUACAAGCCCCCACACAACUUUACAUUCAAGGGAUUUCCUUCGCGCGCUGGUUUGCCGCGAUUAGGCCUGGAUGAUUUGAGUGAUAUGGAAUUUAUACAUCCUGUCACCAGUCUUGUAGAUCGCUCCAGGUCAAUGCCAGAUGAUCUGGACUUUGAACCGCGCGACUGCUUGACGUUGUGGAAGGCAAUGAAUGACUUGCAAACAAAGCAGUUUCCUGUCGAAGCUUCCCUCAAUCCAUCGGUCGUCUUCUCGGAUGCCAUCAUCCAGAAGAUAGAUGUUUUCGAAUGGCAAAACCAGCUUAAGAGUCUGUUAAGGGAGUGGAUGAAAGACCAGAAUUCUCCAUUUGAGGAUCUCUUGCUUCGUUUGGCCCCAGCUACAAACACACAGAACACGAGCACUGCGUCUCAGUCACAUGAAACAGCUGUGACUUUAGGCCGGGAGCUUCGCGACACGACUCUUCCCUUGAUAUUCUCACUUCACUCCCAAGGUGCUCUUCCGGCAUUGUUUUUCAAUUAUGACCGCACCAAAUGUGAAGACUUAUGCCAUGAGCUGUUGAACCAGCUUCAAAAUUCAGAAGCUGACUGGAAAGCAGAGAGCACAGCAUGGAAGUCCAAGAUUGCCAAGUGGGAGGAAUGGAAAGUUCACCAGGAUGGAGCGAAAAAGAAGUCUGCAAAGAUCACCAAGAAGAAAACAGCUGGAAAUGACGAUGAAACAUCUCGGGCGGACCAAAUGAAAGACUCGGCAUCAGCCGAAUCUAGCUCAUUCGACAGAUUUGAUCCAGAGAGGCCUCUGGAUGAAUUCAACUUGGCAGACCCAAAGAAAGUCGGUUCCGAGGAGUUUUCUGGGUAUGCAAAUGAGCUGAGGUACCGCCUUGUACCUGAAUGGCUAAUUGAUGCUCUGGAGCGAGGAAUCGGUGUUCACCAUGCUGGAAUGAACCGUAAAUAUCGUUAUAUUUGUGAAAUGCUCUUUCGCAGAGGCUUUUUGCGUGUUGUUUUUGCGACCGGGACCUUGGCUCUGGGAAUCAACAUGCCCUGCAAAACAGUUGUUUUUUCAGGAGAUUCAAUCUUUUUGACGGCACUCAAUUACCGACAGGCUGCCGGAAGAGCAGGUCGUCGUGGUUUUGACACGCUAGGAAACGUUGUCUUCCAGCAGGUUCCAGACUCAAAGAUGCACCGGCUCAUUAGUUCGAGACUUCCUGAUCUCAAUGGCCAUUUCCCCAUUACAACGAGUCUUGUUUUGCGCUUGUUUAUUCUGCUGCAUGGCUCGAAAAAAGCUCCUUCUGCUGUCAACUCAAUCAACUCGCUCCUGUCAAGUCCUCGGAUAUUCUUAGGUGGAGAGGAGAAGAAAGAGACCGUGCUACAUCACCUCCGGUUUUCCAUUGAAUACCUCCGACGGAACAACUUGCUUGACCGUACAGGUAUGCCUUUGAACUUUGCAGGCUGCAUCUCUCACUUGUACUACACGGAAAAUUCCAGUUUUGCUUUCCACUCCCUGCUCAAUUCUGGAUAUCUUCAAAAGCUCUGUAAGGACAUCCACACCAAGCCAAAAAGGACUGUUCGCGAUCUUAUGCUGGUCAUGACGCAUCUCUUCGGACGUCUCCCUUUGCGACCAUCGUUAUUGGAGUGGUAUCAGACUGUCGACAAGAAGCCAUCUUCGACCGUGGCUCUCCCGCCAUUACCACGCAAAGCAGCUACUUCUCUUCGUCUUCACAAUAAGAAGGUGCUUGGUAUCUACACAGGAUAUGUCUCUAGCUUUAUUGAGCAGCAUGUUCAGACUCCAGACCGCUAUCUCCCAUUCAGCGGGAUCAAAUGUGGCGGAGAAAGCUCUGCCGCUGAACUCGGUUUCUCAAAUUUCACCCAUAUCUCCCCUAAGAUCACAUCCCCAUUCUUCGCGCUUUCAGGGCAUGGUGAUAAAUACGCCACGGUUCUCGACCUCUGCCAAAUGGUGCGCAGCGGAGUGUGGCUGGAGGAGUCCGUGAUUCCAUUUGUGGCUGUAGCCCCGGAAGAAAACCCACGGCCCCUUAACGCAUACUUAUUUGACUUUUUCAAGCAUGGCAAUGUCUCUCAGCUAGAGAGUGCGAACCGCAUCCGUCGUAGUGAUGUCUGGUUUCUGCUCAACGACUUUUCCAUGAUAUUGGCUACCCUAAACACUAGCCUGGAUGUUUUCCUUGAUCCCCAAGGCAACGCCACUGGAGACAUUAUUGAUGUCGUUGGUGGAGGUGAUGCCCAUGAGAACUUGAUGGAAAACCAGAAAGUUGAUGAUAGAAUCGAAAGGGAAAGUAAAGAAAAGACCAAGUCCGCCGUUCGUGAUCCGGCAACAACUGCCGCUCCUCCGCGCGUGAGUCGGACAGCGAAACCGGCAGAUAGUUGGGAGGAUGAGAUGGAAGAGGAAGAUUCGGAUUAUUCUGGGGAUGAAAACCCUGGCCGUCGCCCCCGUGAUGCGAAGAAUCAGAAAAAGGGACCGAAAGAACAGCCAGUAGACAAGUCGGAAAAGUCUAUGCUCUUGGUUUCCCAGGCCUUCAAAGAACUCCAAAAAGAGUUUGAUACCAAGUUCAGGGCGAUGUGGGCCUAA